AUUCAGACUUUUCUCGAAACCGCCGACAUGGAUUUUAAGAGUUUUGCCUUCUUCGCUUUAGUGGCUAGGGCCCUAGGAAGCACAGUUCCUUCAUAUAACACGCCUGCGCCAACUUACCGUGCUCCUGCCCCAUCAUAUAAUACCCCUGCUCCUUCAGGGCCAGCUCAGUACGACUUCAACUAUGCAGUGAGAGACGACUACUCUGGCAACGACUACAAUCAUCAGGAAAAUCGUAAUGGCUAUGGCACCCAGGGAGCUUACUACGUUCUCCUUCCCGAUGGCCGUGUACAAAGGGUUGCUUACACCGUGAACGGCGACUCCGGAUACGUUGCCGAAGUUACUUAUGAAGGGGAGGCCCAGUACCCUACUUACCAGCCUGCCCCUACUCGCUCCUACCAACCGGCCCCCGCUCCUUCCUAUCAACCAACCCCAACUCCUUCCUACCAAACUACUCCCAGCUAUGCAUAAUUUGUUGACCUGAACCAUUGUAUUUAUUAAUUGUAAUCAAAAUAAGCAAUUUAA